AUGGCCCGACCCUCCCUAUCCGAACCACAAGAGCAUCAAGACCGUGAUAUCCCAGAACUAGUUCGCUCUCGACCUUACUCCGGCCCCAGGAAGCCUAGGACUCAGUUAGCUCAACAUCUACCUCCGCUCUGGAAGCUCAGCGACAUAUUCCAAUCACUUACGAACAGAGCGAUCGAACUCAACCUCGAUGAUGUUCUAUCUCACCUGGGAGAUAGACGACUUCGUGUUGUCACAGUUUGUUCCGGGACAGAGAGUCCGUUGUUGGCAUUGGAAAUGGUUAGGGAAAAUCUACAAAAGCAUUUCAAUCGGGACCUGAAAUUUCAACACCUUUUCAGUGCUGAGAUUGUUCCUUUCAAGCAAGCAUACAUCGAGCGCAACUUCCACCCUCGCCUUCUCUUCCGCGAUGUAACUGAGCUCAAGGACAGAGUUGCUCAAACGCCCUAUGGAUCACUGGAGAAAAUCCCUAAGAACGCUGACAUGCUGAUUGCCGGAUUCUCAUGCGUCGACUUUUCGGGACUGAACAACCACCGAAAGACACUCGACGAUGAAGGUGAAUCGGGUGGUACUUUCUGGGGAAUAGUCGGCUACGCCAGGGCAUACCGUCCACGUCUCGUUAUUCUGGAAAACGUGAAGACGGCGCCCUGGAAGAAGAUUGAGCAGCACUGGAAUGAUAUUGGCUACUUUGCUAUCCAUGCUGAUGUUGAUACGAAAGCGUAUUAUCUUCCACAGACCCGUGAGCGGGGCUACAUGUUCUGCGUUGACAAGAAGUUCAUUGACGAUAAUGGUCUCACAGAAGAGGACAUGCAAAAAUGGACGGAAGUGUUAAAGCGGUUUCAGCGUCCUGCCAGUUCACCGGCGGGUAUGUUUCUGAUUGACGCUGAUGAUAGACGUCUUGAGCAGAUUGAGAAAGACAUGGCGGCAAAAGUUGCGUCUUCAGCGUCGGCGUCCAGGGCGACAGUCAACUGGGACCGUUACCAAGUGCGGCAUCAGAGCUAUCGACUGAACCAGGGCCUUGGUUAUCGUCGACCUGUCAGUAAGUCUCAGGAUGAUGGGACGUGCCGGAUGCCGGACUUUGCGUGGCAGGCCUGGGUCAAGUCAUUGCCAGAGCGGGUGUGGGAUACUAUCGAUGUGAACUUUCUGAGGAAGUUGGUCGAAGGAUAUGACAUGAACUACAAAGAGAGGUGCUUGGAGCUGUCUCAAGGCAUCGAUCGAGAGAUGGAUUCCCGGGCAUUUGGAAUUGUCGGCUGCAUCACCCCUACUGGUAUUCCGUUUAUGACAACUAGAGGUGGUCCUCUCUGUGGUCUCGAGUCACUUUCACUGCAAGGAUUGCCUUUGGAUCGACUUCUGUUGACCCAGGAAUCGCAACGAGAGCUGCAAGACCUCGCUGGGAACGCAAUGAGCUCUACCGUCGUUGGAGCAGCAAUUCUUUCGGCCCUGAUUGUUGGUCAUAAGCUGCUCAAAAAGGGCAAUCCUCCUCAGGAGCCAAAUUCUCGAGCCUCAAAGCGCAAAAGUAUCGCUCCUCAGGGGGUGAACAAUUUGGAGGAGAGCAGCAUGCAUUUAGAUGCAGCCACCGUAGUGGAUAUGCCAAAACUCCAAGACCAAGCUACAAGCAGCGCCAGAUAUUGCAUGUGCGAAAGACAAACUUCUACACAGGCAGUCAUUUUAAAGUGUACAGUCUGCUCCCACACGGCCUGCUCAGAGUGUAGCGGGAACCCACAACAUGCCUACGAACGUUGGACGGACUUGGUGCGAACCUCGCCGUUGGAUUUCAUCAGUGCACUACGCGCAAUUUUGCCAGCUCGACUGGUGGUCAGUGGUAUAACCCGUGGAUGCUAUACAAAGUUGCAAUCUGGUUCUACCAUAGCCCUCGCCAUCUGGGCUGAGUUUUUGGAUGUCGUCUUUAGGGCAGUUGGUGACGAGCUCCGCUUCUUGGAUAUCAAGCGCAGUGAGUCUUGGACUGUGCUCUAUGAGGGUAAAUAUUCCGAGUUGAAGCUCGUAAUUCAAUUUAAGAGCAUUACUUGGCUGCUUUUUGCAAAACCGCGUGAGUCGGAUCCUGCUCUGUGUUUGAUCCGCGAGGUGCUAUCCAAGCCGAUUGCGCGCAUGGUGGUGCCUCAGUCUGGAUCGAUCUUGGAAGGUAAUUGGGAAAUAUGCGCACCCCUCAGCUCAAGCUGCUCCUUGGGACUUUCUAGAGGCGGGAGCCGAAUUCAAUCAUAUGAGUCAAAAUGCGGCUUGGAAUUGGAAGAAUUCAGGGAUUCAUUGACUUGGACGCACAUUACCGUGGAAGGCACUGAUGACGAGGUGAAGGACUUGGAAAUCGAUGUUAGAGGCACAUAUGAGCUCCUCCAGGACUGUGGGACGGCAAAUGCCUGUCUGCAUAAAAGGCCAGCUUCGAAUGGAAGGCCUGCCGUCUACCUUUUUUUGGACCCGACAAAGCUGGGAGAGCCCAAGAAUGAUUCGUUUGUUUUUGCUUUCGAUCAUACGCGCCACCCAGGAUAUGAGCGCCGCCUGUCUAUUGCUGAGGUGUCUCACCAAUGGCGCUCUUCACGCGCUUCUGAGAAAACUGAGACUACCGCCAUCUACUAUAAGAAGUGGAUUGCCUGUCCAAGUGUAUCCCUGGCCUCCUAUGGCAAAAGCUCCGAAUUUCCCAUCAGAUGUUACAAGUUGCAACCCGCUACAUCAAUCACCAUCACCGACGACGGCUGCCAUAACUCGAAUAUGACCCUAUUGGCGUUUACUGCACCAACGACGGUCAUCGACGCUUCACAAAUUACGGCCGAAUGGGAGGUCACUGACCCGGUUGACUCUCCGCAAGUCCUGCGAAAGUACGUCUGGUUGCUCCAAAAAGCGGCCGCGUAUUCGGGUUUUCAAGAAUGGAGAGAGCUCGCAGAAGCAAAGAUCCAAGGGCCAUGCAGGGUUUGUGUCCCACCAAAACCAAGAAUCAAAUGGGGACGAGAUGCACGGGGUCGGAUCAAGGCGUAUGAAGAUUCAUACAGUGCCGCUAGGUACGAACGCGACAUCAAAUCUCGGCCGUCUCCCUUUUUGAUAUUCCAGAGGACCAACCAGCAAGGCCUGGCUGAGCUUCACGUUACGCUCAGCAUUCAGACCCUCCUACACCAGGCGUAUGGGAGGUUGUCCAAUCCAAAUGUAGCUUCAUUCUAUUGGCGCUUGAUACCAAACGCGUACGACACGAAAGAAUUGUCGUUCCCUGCGUUCAAUUUAAAGAGCAACAGGAGCGACCCUCCAUGCAAACAGCCACCCAGCUUUAUCGUGGAGUUACGCGCAGAACAACUUCGUUCUCUGUCAUGGAUGAUAAGACAGGAAGACGAGAACAUUGAGCCUUUCAUUGAGGAAGAAACCGAAGAGGCAAUCCUGGAACCCUUGAUGUGGCGUGCAGAGGGGAAGGCUACGGUACCAAAGACUGUCCGAGGGGGCAUUUUGGCUGAUGAUGUCGGAUAUGGUAAAACGGCCAUUGUCUUGGGGCUGAUUGACAAGCUAUACGAUAUGGCCAAUGUCGAUUUCUCUGUCCCAUUGAAUGCUGACGGAUUCAUCCUAAGCAGGGCAACUCUCAUCGUGGUCCCGGCCAUCAUGGUUCAGCAAUGGCGGUCAGAGAUAGCGAAGUUCCUGGGAAGCAAGUACAAUGUACUCGUAUUUUCCUCGGCUGCGGCGUUGAAAAAGGCCAGCAUUCGAGACAUCAGAAAGUGUGACAUAGUGCUCGUGUCCUGGUCCGUUUUCGGGACGACCAGCUACUAUCAGCGUUUCAAACACUUUACUGGCGCGCCUGAGGUUCCGACAAAAGCAGGUAGAAACUUUGAUGACUGGUUUUCUCAUGCACAUGAGUUGAUGAAGGGACAUGUUCGUGUUCUUGCUGAACAAGGCCCGCGUGCUUUCCUGGACGGCCUGAGAGAUAGACGUGCACAAACAAAGGACGCUCAGGAGGAGCAUAGAUACAUCCCGUCCAAACGCCUACGAGGAAAGAAAUAUGCACUGGCAAAACUGGACAAGGAGUGCGGCCCGAAGAGCAGUGGUGUAUCGUAUGCUGAGAUAUCUAGCGCCGAAGAGGAUUCAGAUUGGUCUGGCGACGAGAACCCUUCGGAUAACCUUGAAGCUAAAGUCGAAAGCCUCCUUCGGCGUGUGGCACCUAAAGUCUCCAAAAUCAAAGAAGAAUCGGAUGGAGAGCAGGCGACUGACUCUAAGAGUGAGAAACCGUGGGACGACUGGAAGGAGUUCAACAUUUCGCGAAACUCACGGAGCAAACAGCCAUGGGAAGCUGUCAAGGGAGUUCCGCUCCACGUUUUCGCUUUUAAUAGGUUGGUAAUUGAUGAGUUCACGUACGCAAGCAUCGACAGGCUCUACCAAAUACUCGCAUUGCAGGCUCGCUCAAGAUGGGUUCUCUCCGGAACACCGCCACUAAACGACUUUGCGGACGUCAACACAAUCGCUCCUUUCCUAGGCGUGCAUCUCGGAAUCGAUGAUGAGGACACAAAUCCACAUAAUCGACGGCUCAAGGUCAUUCGCAAUCAGCGCUCUGAUGCUGAGACCUUCCAGUCCUUCCGGGCCCCGCGGAGUGAGGCAUGGCACCGGCGCCGAUACGGGGUAGCGCAGAAGUUCCUGGAUCGAUAUGCAAGGAGGAACAUUGCUGAAAUCGAUGAAAUACCUUCCAGCGAGCACAUUGUUCUCGUUCGCCAAACCCCAGCUGAGAAAGCCAUUUACCUUGAGCUUUAUAAGCAACUGAUGACCUAUAAUCGACAGCUUCGUCGAAGCAGCAACCGAGGAGGUUUUGGCAGUGACCAAGCCGAACGACUGGAUGAGAUCAUAGCGAGUAGCUCGACAACAGAAGAGGCAUUGAUCAAGCGCUGCGCAUCUCUUGCCCUCAGGGGCCGAUGGGAUGCUGAUGGUAAGCCAGAAGCUGCUACCUGUGUCUCUCUCAUAGAAACACGGGAAAGACAGCUCGAGAAGCUGAAGGAUGACAUCAAUAAUAAAUUGAAGCUUGCCGCCUGGGUUUACUGUGCUUGUAACCGGAGUCAUGAGAAAUUCGACAAAUUUGUCCAAAGUGUGGCCCGGCAUGACUUUGGCGACAUGGCAGUGACAUGCGAGGUAUACCCUCUGCUUAACGCUGCAAUCAGUACAUCGAGAAGCGAGGACUGGAGGUUAUUCUUCGCCAAUCCAGACUCCAAGGUGCAUGAGAACGAGGACGAAGAUAAGGAAAACAUCGAGGUAACAGAAGACACAGAGGCAACAGCAGAGAAGCCCAAAGCAAAGGCAAAGACCAUCAUGCCUCUUCCCACAAAGCCCACACAGAUGCGGGAGUUCGAGCCCAUACUCCGCGAAGUCACGACUACAAUCCGAAACCUGCUUGUCGAAUGGGUCCUUCGCAAACGCGCCCUGCGCUUCCUCAAAAUUGUCCGACAGAUCCAGACCAAAUCCGCAGAUGUACCCUCCUGCGACAGAUGCCAGAGCCAGCCAAGUCUCCUAUCAAAGAUGAACAUCCUAGGAUCCUGCGGCCACGCUAUUUGCUUAACCUGCACCCAACAAACAAUCGAAAAGGAGGAAUGCGCAGUGGAAGGCUGUCGAGGCUCCGGCAAACGGUUUAACAUAAUCAAUGCCAUGGUUCUUGGCUGUGAUGGAGACGACCCUGAUUCACAAGUCGCAGAUAUAGACAGGAGUUCCGAAUAUGGCGGCACAAAAAUGGACGUCCUUGUUGAUAUACUCGGCCACCAGAUCCCAAAACAUGAGCGCGCACUGCUCUUUAUUCAGUUCCCAGACCUGAUGGACAUAGCAUCCAAGGCCCUCGAUUCAGCGAGAAUAACACACACAACGAUCUCAUCGGCAGAUCGCAAUGCAAGCCAGAAGAUCGAAAAGUUCCAAAAGGAAGGGUUUGGAAAUAGCAAAGUUCUUCUUUUGAAUCUGGGCAGUGAAAUGGCGGCCGGCUUAAACCUGCAAUGUGCAAACCAUAUAAUUUUUCUGUCGCCGUUUUUCGCCCAAACCCAAUAUGACUAUGACUCGACGAUGACCCAAGCCAUUGGACGGUGUCGGCGGUAUGGACAGACAAAUCACGUACACGUCUAUCAUCUACUGGCCAAGAUGACGAUCGAUGUAAACAUAUUCCAAGACAGACGGGGCAAAGUUCUUGUCGAGAGAGGAGGAGAAGCAGUUUUGGUCGAUCCUGAGGAGGCUUUGGAAUCCGAAGCGAUCACUUGUCAGGGGCCGGAGAUGUUGGUUGAUAAUGCGUUUUGA